AGUAGGUCACUAAAUUGCCCGGGUUGGGCUCAAACUUUCAAGCCUCUGCCCCAAUUUUCCACAAUGCUGAGAUUACAGGCCCCUAAGAGGGUUUUGUUUUUCAUUGUUGUUUUGUUUUUCAAUUCAUUUAUAUUCGGCCACUCCUUAAACUCUUCAAAUCUCCACAAACAGUCCGGGGGUACAGCAGCUCUCGUGGAACACGUAGGACUUCCCGGGACCUGGACCACAUCCGGGACUUGCACAUGCGCGUCCUCGAGAGGAGGGGUCUAGACGCACGGUCCAGGCCCCGCCCAGCCGGCAACAGGCGGCUCCGCGCGACCCUUUGGACCGGAAGGGGUCGCAGCGCCCUCCCGUUACCCAUCUCGCUAUCGCGAGAGAAAGCGCGAGGCCUGCCGGGACUGUGCGCGACUGGCCAUAGGCGUGCCCAAAAUGGCAGCCCUGGAAGAAGAGUUCACGUUGUCUGCGGUAACCUUGGGCGCGAGGCCGGACGGACUCCUAGGUGUAGAACAGACCGACAGAACAGACCAUUUCCUAGUGACGGACAGGAGCAGAACUGUCAUCCUCUAUAAGGUUUCUGAUCAGAAACCCUUGGGGAGCUGGUCAGUGAAACAAGGUCAAAUUAUAACAUGUCCAGCUGUGUGCAACUUUCAAACUGGAGAGCAUAUUGUUGUACAUGAUGAUAAGGUUUUGAGAAUAUGGAACAAUGAAGAUGUAAACUUGGAUAAAGUAUUUAAAGCUACAUUGUCAGCUGAGGUUCAUAGGGUACACUCGGUGCAAGGAGCAGAGCCCGUGGUGCUGUUCAGGGGAGGCGCGGCUCGCGGGUUGGAGGCUUUGCUCGCGGAGCCCCAGCAGAAGAUUGAAACCGUCCUCUCCGAUGGAGAAGUGAUUAAGUGGACAAAGUUUUUCGUGGUAUUUAGGCAUCCUGUCAUAGUUUUUAUUACUGAAAAAGAUGGAAAUCAUUUUGCUUAUGUACAGAUGCUCCACUCACGAAACUUAAGCAAAUACACUCUCCUGCUUGAACAAGAAGAAAAAUCUGUUACCCGGAGUUUUACUGCGUCUGUGGAUCGGAAGUUUAUCUCUUUAAUGACAUUAAGCUCCGAUGGAUGUGUGUACGAAACCUUGAUCCCAAUAUAUCCGAGCGACACAGAAAAGAACCAGAGACUGGUCAGAUCACCGUUGCUCAAGGCUGUCGUGUCUGGUGCUGCUCCCAAUGGUGUGACCCUCGCCGCCCUGGACCCAGAUCACGUAGCAGUCCUCGGAGCGCCACUGCCGUCGUCUAAGGAGUGCCUCUCCAUAUGGAACACAAAAUUUCAAACACUACAGACUUCAAAAGAGUUACCGCAAGGGACCAGUGGUCAGCUGUGGUGUUACGGAGAACAUCUGUUCCUGCUCCAUGGGAAAUGCCUGACGGUGGUUCCAUGCAGGUGCGGUGCGUCGUCGUUAGCUGGUGCCCUUGGGAAGCUCAGGCGUGCUCAGGACCCAGGCUCUCAAACCAUGCCCCACUUUGUAAACUGGGAAGUAGCUCAGGGAUGUGAACCCGGAGCCCAGAAAUCAGAGCAGUUGAGAAGAAUUCUAAGAAGAAAAAAGAGUGAAGUAAGUUUACAGCCAGAAGUUCCAGCAUCUGAACAACUUUUAUCGACUAUAAAGAAUGGUUCGGAAAAGCACAUUGAGGUGGAGCUACGUAAAUUCUUGGCUAAGUGGACCCCUGACUCUCACGCGGUGCUCGGGGACGUCGUGGCGGCGCUCCUGGGAAGAGGUGAAGCAGAGCCGUCCUUUUACCCCCGGAGCUGCCUGAUGCAGCUGCUGCAGACGCACGCGCUCUCCCACAGCUUGUGCCCUGGCCUGAUGGACACUGCGUUAGCAAAAGCAGACGUGCAGAUGCUGCAGCUCUGCCUGCGGCACUUCCCCGAUGUUCCUGAGUCUCUUACGUGUGCCUGCUUAAAAAUUUUCCUGAGCAUUGGGGAUGACAGCCUUCAGGGAGCCCACGUCAGCAUGGAGUCGGUGUGCGAGCACAGCAGCUCCGAGCAGGACGAGAGCACGGAGGAGCAGCCUGAGAUUCUCCGCAAUGGCUUCAGCCCCGGAGACAGCAACUGCGGCACCUGUGAGCAGGAGCUCCGUGAGGAGCCUCAGGGGCCGGCAGCAGAGGCCGCCUCGUGCCCGGUGACUCCCAAGAGAGCCGCUCUCCUAAAUGGCAUUCUCGGUUCAGCAUACAGCGAGACGUUCCUCCUGCCUCACCUGAAGGACAUCCCCGCGCAGCAUGUCACGCUAUUUCUGCAGUAUCUGUACUUCCUCUAUCUGAAGUGUAGUGAGAAUGCUACUAUGACUCUUCCUGGAAUGCACCCUCCAACUCUGAGCCAGAUUAUGGAUUGGAUAUGCCUACUUCUAGAUGCUAAUUUUACUGUUGUCUUAAUGAUACCGGAAGCAAAAAGGCUACUGAUAAAUCUUUACAAGUUCGUGAAGUCCCAGAUAAGUGUUUAUUCUGAGCUCAACAAGAUUGAAGUAAGUUUUCGGGAGCUACAGAAAUUAAAUCAAGAAAAGAACAAUAGAGGAUUGUAUUCAAUUGAAGUGCUAGAACUCUUCUGACGUUACUAGUAUUUCCUUCAGAGACAUUCAGAGACAUUUGGUGAAACCUUUACGUGGAACCCCCCACCCUGUCCAGGCAAGGGUGGUUUCGAGUGUGACCAUCUCCCAGCGUGCCAGGAAAGCGCCAGUGCGCUCCCGGACCGUCGCACGCGGGUGUCCUCCUGGGACCGCAGGCCGAUCGGCGCCUGUCCUGGACGGGACACUGCUCACAAGAGGCUAGGAACUUUCUAAAAUAUGUGACUGAGCUGAUUUUAAGGAAACGUACUUGUGUAUUGAUAAAAGUCUAAUUUCUUACCAUGUGUUUCGAAUAGUUUUUCUUUCAAUAAAAAAUCACCGUUGAA